CUCUCUCCUCUUCUCUCACUUCAAAAGUACUUUAAUUUAACAAAACUUUUAGUGAAAAAUACUUAUAAACCAAUACUUUGAUUAUUUUCUCCAUUACAAGUCUACGAAUUGGAGCGAAGAUUCAAACAACAGAGAUAUCUAUCAGCGCCUGAAAGGGAACAUUUGGCUUCACUCAUACAAUUGACUCCAACACAGGUGAAGAUCUGGUUUCAGAAUCAUCGCUACAAAUGUAAACGACAGGCGAAGGAGAAGGCGAUGAGCGACGCCUCGCCGACACCACCGCAAAACACGGCCACCACUGGAAGUGUCAAUCAAACCAGUAAUACAUCAAACAAUUCAUCGAGUCAUGCAUACGGUUCCUCUCCUCGCAAAGUAGCCGUUCCUGUGCUCGUCAAGGAUGGCAAGUCUCUUAUUCCUUCGGCAUCAGCUAACUCUCCCCCAACCGAUCAUAGCUCACAUCACGACAACUCAAUGCUGAUGGCCUCGCAGGCGAUGUCGCCGGCGAGUGUGGCCUCAGCCGCGGCCGCCGCCGCCACUCACCAUCACUACCACCACUUCGGCGCUCACAGUAAUAACGGGCCAACAGUGGGCGUCGGCCCCACAUUCGGCAACCCAUUCGCCGCCGCCAACACAUUCUCGCUGUCCGCACAUCAGGAGCCGCACCACGACUUCCUAUUGAGAACAUCGGUAUCGCACUGGUAGGCAGUGGUAGGCAAUGGUAUGCAUUCAUUCAUACAUUUCUCCAAUCCAUUCCCUUAUAUUAAUUUUUUUGUUAAAUAUUUUGUGUAUUUAUUUUGUUGUUACUUU